AUGCCCUACACCAAAGACCAACUCAAAGCCUACUGGCAAGCGAAUAAAGAAAUCCUCAACCAAAAACGCCGCCAAAAAAGAAGGUUAGCCAAAUUCGGGUUAGCCACUGAGGAGGUUAGCCAUAGCCAGGAAAAGGUUAGCCAUUUGGCGGUUAGCCAUAACCAAACCAAGGUUAGCCAAAAAACGGCUAACCCGGAAAACUUUAGUCAGGUUAGCCACAGCCAGCUUAGUCUUAAAACGGCUAACCCAAAAUUAGAGGUUAGCCAUCCCUCCAAAAACGGCAAACCUCAUCCGGAAAUGGCUAACCCGAAACUAACUCGCCUAAUCCAAGAAUGGCAAAACCACACUAACUAUAACUGUGCUGCGGAGUUAGGUUUAUUUAGCGUUAAGGUUAACUCGCCUGAAAGAGAAACCCAAAAAGCCAAAACUAAAAAAGCUACCCGCAAACCAAUUAAAGCCAAAACUACUGCCCUCUUGUCCGCUAAAACUAAAGCCAAAAACACUCUCGCUUAUUACCAAUGCCUUUGCCACCAAACUCAACAAGGCUUAAAAGGUAAAAGGAUAACCCAAGCUUGCCGGGAUUGUAAGCAUAACGCCCUAGCCAUUAACGCUAAAAUGUCCGCUCAAAAAAUCCAAGCCGUGAAGAAAAUCAAACAAGGAUACGAAACACUGGGCAAAGGCUUAGGGGAAUUGCUUAAAGCCAGCAAAUAA